ACGUAACGACGCAAGUGUUUAUACUGUACGUUCCAGCAGGAAGUGUCACUCCUCAGCGGAGCGUUUUCAACUGCGCAACACGAACAUCUAAAGUUCCGCCACCAUGGUUGUCCUCUCCAAGGAGUACGGGUAUGUGGUUCUAACCGGUGUGGCCAGUGUUUUCAUGGUCUCACAUUUGGGGAUCAAGGUCGGCAUGGCCCGAAAGAAGUACAAUGUUAAGUACCCUCAGAUGUACAGUGACGAUCCGGAGACGGGGCACAUUUUCAACUGCAUCCAGCGUGCGCACCAGAACACGCUGGAGAUCUACCCCACCUUCCUCUUCUGCCUGGCCUUCAGUGGCUUGCACUGCCCUCGACUUGCAACUGGACUUGGCACUGUAUGGAUCAUUAGCAGGGAGGUCUACGCUCAUGGAUACUCCACUGGGGAUCCCAAGAAAAGAAUGCGAGGAGCGUUUGGGAACUUUGCGUUGCUGGGAAUGUUGCUGGCCACCAUCAGAUACGGCUGCAACCUGCUGGGGUGGACCCAUCCGUGGGCGGGACACUUCGGGCCCAGGGCUUGCUCUCAGUGAGGCAGUUUUUUUAUAACCUCCCAACAUGUUUUUCUAAGCCUUUGUAAAGUCACCUGACCAGAUGUGUAACACUGGGCAUGCCUUAUAAUGAACGGUAAAUAAACCAUAUCACCUGG